AUGGCGUUACGUGAAAAGAUACAAAAUUUACUGGGCAGACAACGUGAAAGGGCUGGCCCGACGGAUAACAGCGGGCAAUUACGAAGACCAUCUCGAUCACCGCGCAGUCAACGUAGCCGCAGCGCGGACGUGGACUGCCUGAAGAAAUACACGGAGCGCCGUGUGGAGGAACGUCGACAUACGGAGAUCAGCGACACCAGCAAACUGGACACCUCGAGAUGGAUGCCGCUACCGAAGAACGUGCCCCGGGGUCAGUCGGGAAUGGCUAAGAGACCUUCGAGAGGCGAGCGGCAGGAGAGCAUCGACGAGGCAGGAGAGGAAAGCGAGAAAUGGCCGGUGAAGAAGCCGACCUCACCCUCGUCGGCCGAGAAUCGACCCUCCAGGGUCGAGCGCGAGGUCAUCCAGGGUCGAUCUCAACAUACCGUCAGGAGCCACAGCACCGACGUGACCGCCCUUAGAAAGGAGAAAGGCAUCACCGAGCAGCGAAGGCACACGGAUUGCAGCGACCCGCGAACCAUCGCCACGAGGUGGCUACCGCAAAUCGACGGUGCGAAGUUUCGCCGAGAGUCGUCCCCUCUUGCAAGAAUUGGCUGUGAAAUCACAAAAAGCGCGGCUUCCCGAUGGAUGACGUUUGCCAAAAGUCCAUCGCCCGGUCCUGUGCCAAGAAUAAACGAGAGAAGAGAUGCCGAGAGAAGAGAUUCCAUAACGGAACACGGCAGAAAGGACGAGAGCUCGCGCAAAGACACGGACACUCCCAAAUGGCAACCUCCUAGAAAGUUCUCUCCGGUAAAAAACGAGAAAGGACGUUUACAAAGGCAAGAUGAGCUAGAUAUCGCUAGAGAUCGCUCUUCGAGCUUCGUCGAUGCUAACGAGCGAGCGAACAAACUCAGCGAACGUAUGCGAGACCUGUACGAUUUCAAAACAGAAACCGAGUGGCCGAAGAGAGCGGGCACCUCCCGGGAGAACACCUGGAUUAGUAAAAGCAGUAGCGAGGAGGAGAAAAGCAAUUAUCCGCCGGUUCGCAGGAACAGUCAGGAUUUGGAAUUUAACGACAGAAUCGACAUCUUCAAGUCCAAGCCUCCGCUCCGGGAAGAGGACGGACGAAGGCCGAAACGUAGUACUCACGACGCCAGCGAGGUGUUCGCGAACGAGCAGGACGAGUGUCCACAGAAGUUCAACGACAAACCACGAUACAGCGAGGACGGCACGGGACGAAUUCGUCGCGAACGGCGCACUUAUUCAGACGACUACGACGAGAAAGUUCGGCGGGAGUCCCGCUCGGCCCGGCCGCCAGAGUCGUUUAAGAGAGAACGACCGGAAGCGCCGGCUAUCAGGAGACUGGUGGACAAGGAGAACAAACGGAACUCGGACGUGAGCGUGAAACCGCGCGACUCCCAGGUCAGCUACGUGGAGAUAGACUUCGCGAAGAAAGACUCGCGCACCAGUGACGCCAGCGUGAAUCUGGCAAAAAGAGGCAGCGUUGAGUGUAAGAGCACCCAGAAGAUCCUCGACGUCCCGCCGAGAAGAGCCUUCAGCCAGAGCGACGAGCGACCGGCCACCCCGGUGCCGCCGGUCGAGUUCAAUGACGAACGAUAUGUUCCCAAGAAGUUGUCGGAGUUGCCUUCGAAGAGGGAGGGCACCAGGUACAAAGUGUACUUGACAUAGGGAACGCCUGCGAGAGCGGACAUUUCGCGAAACGAAUGCCGCUUUCGCAGGAUCUUAGAUUAACAUUUAACGUAGUUUCCGACAAAGGGACAGUACAAAUUCGUAUUCGUGAAAGGAAAUUCGAAUAUGAAGAGAAGCUCGAUAGGACUUUCAUAAAAGUUAUAAAUAUAAAUACUCGUGUGUGUCGUAAUUAAAUUUGUUAUACAGUGUUAUACAGUGUUUACAGUUGUUAUACGUGUGUGUCUGUGUUGAAUCCAUUUUUUGAAUCAAAGUAAAAAUAAAUUUUUGAAUAUUUAUAGAGAUAAAGUAGUAGAGAUUUAGUAGUAAUCCACGGCGAAUACAAUGGUGUUGUUGUCUGUGAAUAAGUGUUGAGCAUUCAGAUGUUUCUUGUGUUCAUCGUAAAAUAAUGCGAUGUGUAAACGGAUGAAUGUACGAAACUUGAAUAUAUUCUGUUAUAAAAUCUUUAAUAAAUAGCACCGGAGAGCACCGCGGGAGUCUGAUAUGUAAAUAUAUUUGUAACACGUUUACAAUGUGCCACGUAAUCGGAAAUUUCCUGUUCAUGUUUUUCAUGUCGAUGUUCAAAACGUAACUGCGAUACAAUUAAUAAUGUACAAACGAUGUAAUACAGAAAAUAUAUAAUAAAAUAUUCUUUGA